AUGGCGUCGGCACAGCAGGUUCUGCUCUCCCCGGCAGAGCUCGCCUACCUCCACUCUUCGCUCUCCCUCACGCCGCCCAUCCGCCCAGACGGCCGCAAGGCGAAUCAGUUCCGCCCCCUCACUGCCGAGACGGGCAUCCUCCCGGGAACCAACGGCAGCGCGCGCGUGUGCUUCUCCGACGGCACCGAGGCCAUCGUUGGCGUCAAGGCAGAGAUAGAAAAGACCCGCGUGCCGCCCGGCGCGGAGACGGACGGAGAGGCGACGGAGAAGAGGACGGAAGGCGGCGAUGGCGAGACCAGGGGCAACAACGACUGGCUGGAGAUGACAGUCGAGAUCCCCGGCUCCAGAGACGACGACGCGGCGACCGUGUUCCUGUCCAAUAUGCUCAGCGAGGCGCUGCUCGCUGACGGGGAGUUCACCAAGAAGUUGCGGAUUAACAAUCGGUUCCACUGGAAGCUCUACCUAGACAUCCUCCUCAUCUCCCCGCCGCUGUCGUACCCCCUCCCGCUCCUCUCUCUCACGACGCACCUCGCGCUCCUGGCGACCCGGCUGCCACGGCUCAAGUCCGAGGGCGACGAGGACCCCAUGUUCGACGACGACUGGGAGGCCUCGACAUUCCUCUACCCGCGCGACGGCAGCGCCCCCGUGACCGGCUCGCGGCCGCCCAUCACGCUGCUCGUCAUCGCCGUCGGCGGCAACAUCAUCUUCGACCCAGCGCGCGAGGAGCUCGCCGUGGCCGAGUCGGCGCUUGCAGUCUCGGUGGCGGAGGAGAAGACGGCGGCAUCGGCUGGCGGCAUGGAUGUGGACGGACGCCAGCUGAAGCUGCUCGCCGUGCGGACGGUCGACCCGCCCUCGCGACUGACGGCGCCCGGCGUGCCCAACUCGGCGAACCCCGCCACGGGCCUCGCCGGCACGCCGUCAAAGGCGCCGCCUGCCCCCCCGGCCGGCGAGGACAAGGCGGCAGAGGGCGUGUGGAGGCCGCCCAUAGGAGGCACGAAGCUGCACGUGCUCGAAGGGAUGAUUUUCCAAGGUACUAGAGAAGGGAGGCAUUGCGGACGAGGUGCUCGAGGGGAUUGCCGCGGUGGACUUGGCCUAGGUGCGGCUGGAUACGGGUCACGCUUUGCGGCACGUCAGGAUGGCAAGGGGAAAUAG